CAACGGAACACACGGUGGCUUCGUCGGUCGCGGCGCACACGUUACCGAACCGCGCGGCCACUCGAAACGCAUCACACGUUGCACGCGGCUCCCGUCCGGCAGCACGACGCGACUACGUAGUUAUAAAAAUAAUAUAUUACACGCGCGAUUCCGCGAUAUUGAAUACCUAAUUUAGUAAUUAUUUUGUAUUUUUUUUUUCAUCGUCAUUAUUUACGUACUCAAAAAUCGAAUAGUUUUUCUCCGUAAAAUAUAAUAAGUAUUUUUUUUUUUAAUAUUUUGUUUUUCGUUUUUUUACGCGGAUAAAAUAUAUAUAUUAUAGUAUAAUAUAUAUAUAUAUACCUACUGCAGUGAUGAUUAAAUCGGAUUGACCGUGAAAACACGUGAAAAUCCAUAAAAAUAUAAUAUACCUUUAUACAUAUUAUAUUCGUUCAUUCGGAUUAUAACGUCGCUCAGUGCGUGGAUUUGCAUUUUUUUUUGAACUUCAACACAACUCCUUCAAGCAUGUUACAAGGCAUUACAAGAACGGAACAAGCCGGCUUACUGCCUCAUCAUCACCACCAUCACCACCAUCACCAUCACCAAUCGUUGACUGCUCACCAUGGUAUCGGAACGGGAUCAGCGUGGCCGCCUAACCAUCACGACGAUCUCGCACACAAAGUUGGUAACACUGCUGAUUACGAUGGUAGGAUUAUUGCAACGCGUGAAUUAGACUUGGGGCACAGUGGUGUUAAUCAGCUUGGCGGAGUGUUCGUCGGUGGAAGACCGUUACCGGACUCGACACGGCAGAAGAUCGUCGAACUAGCCCAUUCCGGGGCCAGACCUUGUGACAUAUCGAGAAUCCUACAAGUAUCCAAUGGAUGCGUGUCAAAAAUCUUAGGAAGGUAUUACGAGACCGGUUCCAUAAGACCUAGAGCGAUUGGCGGCUCAAAGCCCAGGGUAGCAACAGCUGAAGUUGUAUCUAAGAUAUCUCAAUACAAACGCGAAUGUCCGUCUAUAUUCGCUUGGGAAAUUCGCGAUCGACUGCUACAAGAGGGUGUGUGUUCCAACGACAACAUACCAAGCGUGUCUUCGAUCAAUCGCGUGUUACGCAAUUUGGCGGCGCAAAAGGACCAGCAAACACCGGCGUCCGUGUCGCCGACCUGCAGCAGCACGGACGCCGUGUACGACAAGCUGAGACUGUUGAACGGUCAAGCGGCUGCGGCCGGCUCGUGGCCUAGACCAAAUCCUUGGUAUCCACCAGCAUCUGGAGAUAACCCGUUCGGUCCGCUACAACCAACCGGUCGGCUGAGUCCAAACGCCGCCAAUUGUACCGUCUUGCCCGACAUACUCGACAAAAAAGUCUUAGAUUUGGACGGAGGAAUGGGAUCUGACGAAACGUGCACGUCCAUCGGGGAUAAUUCCAACCACGACGGUUCUUUGAUUGGUGGAGCCACCGGAUCGGCCAACGACGACGACCAAGCGCGACUCAGGUUGAAAAGAAAACUACAGAGAAACCGUACGUCGUUCACCAACGACCAGAUAGAUAGUUUGGAAAAAGAAUUCGAACGGACACAUUAUCCAGAUGUAUUCGCUAGAGAAAGACUCGCUGGGAAAAUCGGAUUGCCGGAAGCAAGAAUACAGGUAUGGUUUUCGAACCGCCGAGCUAAGUGGCGACGCGAAGAGAAACUGCGUACCCAACGGCGUCCAAAUUCCAACCAAAACCAAUCGAUGGACCCGCAAAAUCAACAGCAGCAGCAGCAACAGCAACAGCAACAACAGCAGCAGCAGCAGCAGCAGCAACAACAAUCUCCGAACAGAAUGAAUGGUUUUGCAAACAAUCCAGAUACCAAUCCAAAUAUGUACACAACUAUCGGAAACCACGACACGUUCAGUCCGAUGUCGAUGAAUUUCGGUAUGCCCGGCGGCAACAACGAGAACAGUCUGUCACUGCCAAUUAUGGGUGGCCAUCACGCCAUGGCUGGCGGCGGUGGCGGUGACCAGCGGGACGCGUACGGCUGCAUGUCCAGGCCGACGUACGACACAUCGCCACCGCUGGCCAUCGGCGCGCCCGGCUACCUGAGGCCACCUGUGUCGCCGACGUCCAAUAACAGCAGUCCGCCAACUCACCACGCGGCCGCCGCCGCAGCAGCCGCGGCCGCUGCUUACCAUCACCAUCCGCCUCCCAUAAAUGGACACCAUUCGCACCACCACGCGCACCACCAAUACAACAUGAAUGGUUCAAACUCGACAGGUCUCAUAUCACCCGGAGUUUCGGUGCCGAUCGCCGUGCCGGGGCACACGGCCGACUUGUCCUCGCAAUACUGGCCACGUUUGCAGUGACAUCAGCUUGUCAAAUAAAUAAUAUAUUCCGAGCUAAUUUCGGGCGUGUAUAUGUACAGUCGACGACGCCGUGCAAUUUUCCGCGAACCGAUAAAUUAUUGUUUAAGUUAUGUAUUGUAAUAUUAUAUUACUUAGUAAUAUUAUAAUUUAUAACACAUUAGACGUGCCUGCCGACGAACAACGUUAGACGAAUAGGCGGUACCUUUAAAUAUUUAUAAUAUGUAAUUGUAAUUAUUAACACUUAAUAACAUAAUAUUAUUAUCAUUAUUAUUAAUUAUUAUUAUUAUUAUUAUUAUUAUUAUUAUUAUAACUAAAUCAUAGCUAAAUAAAGUUGAAAACAUAAUAUUAUAUAGUUAUUAUAAUCUCAGCAAAUUUGAUUAAACAACAAACGUCGAAUUAAUAUUACUGUAUACUUAUAUAUAUAAUAAUAAAUAUCAUGUAAAAAUGUAUUUGCAAAAGAAUAAAAUGUAAAUUAUAUUGUACUGUUUUACGUGUAAACUAUAUUAUUAAAUAUAUAUAUAUAUACCAAAAUAACAUUAUUAUCGUUUUGUAUAAAUGUUUGUAAAAAUAAAGUUCCUGUCCUUUAAU